ACGAGAUCACCCGCGGUAAACAUACCAGUGCAAUAUCUAUAUUCCAUGUAUUCGCGCGUCCAUGGCUAUGUGUUUACACAUGCAAAUGUGAAAUGACAUUGUUAUAAGUGCGAAUAAACUUGACGUCCCUGGGAUAUCAAAAUUUGCUUUAAAGCGCACAUUUUUCAUCGCGUUUUCGUUGGUCAUUCGAAUAUGACGGUUGUGCAGUGAUGUAGUUUGAAGUAUUUCGGAAGAGACCAUUAAAAAAAAAAAAGUAUUUUUAACUGACUUUCCACGAUUUCGGUGAAUUUACGAUUUUCUGUUGGAUUUUCAUUUCAAUUAAAUCACGGUGGAACAUAAAGGCAAGGGCAACAUUUCUCCGCUGCUGGAAAUACGGGAAUGAGCUACUCUGAACCAUUGUGGGAAAUUAACGGAAAUCAAGCACCAGUAAUAACGUCAGAUAUGUCACAAUACGUAGGAAGCGAGUUUGGAUCGUACCCAAUGUGGGAUAGCUCGGUUUUGUAUCAAGCGCCACCGCCCAGUCAUGGUCACGUCAAUGAUCACGGACUUUACAGGCAGCCUUGUGCUUUGCUUCACCAAAGUCGAUAUACACCAAACGGUCGUUUGCCAAAUCAGCCGACAUCGACAUCGAAAAAGCCGAGACGGAGAGUUGCGACGGUCUCCCAAAGACGAGCAGCUAAUAUUCGGGAGCGACGAAGAAUGUUCAACCUGAACGAAGCUUUCGACAAACUUCGUAAAAAGGUACCGACAUUCGCUUACGAAAAGCGACUAUCACGAAUCGAGACUCUUCGUCUUGCAAUAACUUACAUCGCAUUCAUGGGAGAACUUUUGGGAAUCGAGCCAAGCAGUCCGAAACCCGAUUACAUUCCACGUGAAUAUUAUUUACCGAAUUGAGCAUCGACGAAGCUCAUUCGAUUCACGUAAUUAUUCUUCACAUUAAAAAAGACUCUCCAUGGUUAUGUGAACGAAAGUUUCAAAAAGAAAUGUUCAACAAAUAAUCCAGUCUUCCACGUAACAUAUGUGAUAAGGUUUAUAUCGUUUCGUUAAAUAUUUUUUCGAAUUUUCAAGUGAUUUUUCACAAUAAAUACUCAACUUCCCAUUGUUGAUUGAGAAAGUGUGUAAUUUCACGAUUUUCCAACGAAAUCUUGCAUUCUCAGCGCAUCAUUUCAAUAUGGUACGUGUACAAGAAUAAUCCAGCAAUUCUCUCAACUUGAGCUAAGCAAUAUUCAAUAAUCAAGUCUUUCGGUAUUCGCAACUUUACUCCAAAACGCUCCUUUGUAAACACGUUUUCAUUUUUAGUAAUAAUUAUUUAAAUAUUACUGAUGUGCAAGUUCAUCAAUUAAGUCUUCCAGAAAAUGUAGAGCUGACAAGAAUAAUUUCGACGUUAAAAAAUGCGGUACAUUGAUAAGGACUUUGGUUUGUAUCCAAUCGCUGACAAAAAAUAUGCAAACUAAUGACAAUAAAAAAAUUAAUCAAUAAAAAGAAAACGGUUUGGAAAAAUAUUGAUCAAGCUCGCUGAACAAGACCAUCGAUCCACAGUGGUUUUGUUGCCCUCGAGGUUCGAGUGUUUUUAGAAAAUGUGCCAUCAACGAUCCUAAGGUGCUGCUGAGUGUACACGGAGAGACUUUUAUAGCAAAAAUUACUAUGUUUUUAUAGUAACGUCGGACCACAUCGAUAUUAUAAUAAUAAUCGCUACAGAAUGUCUUAAAU